UGGCAUGGGAAGGCACCAGGUGGUGCCGACGCCGCUGCACCCCGCCAUCGGACCGCGGAGGCAUGUAUCAUCGCAAUCAUGUCCGACACUCACUUGGGACGAAUUUUAGUCCGAGAGGUUUGCAGAAGAAAUUCACUGGUCUCGUAGCAGCGAGCUUGAAGCUCACAUAAUUAUUUCUGCAUUGUGCAAUACUAUUCCUGGUCGGUGGUCGGCAGAUCUACAGGAUGUCCGCGCUGUGGUGGCUAUGCCUAAAGGUCCUUGCCCUUGCCCUUGCUGUCGACCACGUAAUAUGCACUGGUGAACAUGUUGACCUGUCCAGCGCCGUAGAGAACUCAUGCUCGGAGGGCGGCGAUACUGGCCUGAGGGGUCGAUACCAGCCAAUGCUGCAGGGGCAUUGGAAGGCUUGCGGAGACGGAGACGCCGGAGAGCCCCUGUACCUGACGCCGUUCCUGAAGAAUGGCUCCAUGGAGAAAGCAGUGGAGUUGAGUCGUGUGACUGGAGUGGGCAAAUUCGCCAGCUAUGCAGGAUACUUGACCGUGAAUGAGAAGCUAUCCAGCAACAUGUUUUUCUGGUUCUUCCCAGCACAGACUGACCCGGAGAACGCACCCGUGCUCCUCUGGCUGCAGGGUGGGCCCGGUGCGUCGUCCCUGUUCGGACUGUUUGUGGAGAUUGGACCGCUUACGGCGACGAAGGACGGCGCGUUUGUCGACAUGCCCGUCACUUGGAACAACAAGUACUCGCUGCUGUUCGUGGACAACCCGGUCGGGACAGGUUUCAGCUUCACCAAGUCCGAUGCGGGUUACGUGACCAACGAGGAGGAGAUGGCACGUGAUCUCCACGACGCGCUGAGCCAGUUCUUCUCCAUAUUCACAUCGUAUCAGAAGAAUGACUUCUAUGUGACCGGUGAGUCGUACGGCGGUAAGUACAUUCCGUACAUUAGUCAGCACAUCAUCGAGGCCAACAAUGCAGGUGAUGGUGUGCACAUCAACUUCAAAGGAAUGGCAAUUGGCGACGCGUGGAUCGACCCGCUGUCGCACCUGCCCGCAUAUCCAGACUUGCUGAAGCAGAUGAACACCAUCGACGCAGCGCAGGCCAGCGAGGCAGAGCGCACGGUCCGGAACCUGAUGAACGCCACACUGAUGGGGGAUUACAUCGCUGCAUUUCACACGAUGGACGCGUUCAUGCUGGGCAACAUGUAUCCGUAUCCGACCUGGCUGAAGAACACCACCGGGUCGACAAACCACUACAACAUUCAACGGAGCACAAUGCCGGAAAUGGAGAACUACUACCUCAAGCCGCUUGUCAAUGAUAGCGUUCGUCGCGGCUUGCACGUUGGCAACCUGCCAUACAGCGGUAGCCUGACCGUGGAGCAUUACCUUCUGGCUGACUUCUUCAACACGUCCCUUCCGGCAUUUCUCUCGGUGCUGGAAGCCGACGGCGGAAAGUACAAGGUCAUGCUCUACAACGGCCAGUUUGACAUCGUCGUCGGCAAUCAGCUGACCGAGGCCAUGAUCCAGGCAAUGGACUGGGCGGGCAAGGCGGAGUUCUUGGCGGCGGCGCGCAAGAUCUGGCGCGUGAGCGAGGCGGACGCGGAGGUGGCGGGCUACACGCGCCAGGGCCGCAAUCUGCGUCAUGUGAUGGUGCGAGGCUGUGGCCACAUGGUACCUAUGGAUCAGCCGGAGAGAGCUCUGGACAUGCUCGAUCGGUUCAUAAACGACAUCCCAUUCUAAGAACAGCACGCCGUAAAACGGCUAAUUUUGGCGGGUGAAAACUUUAGCAAUUUUUAACCCAGCAUGAAGUUGUGAGCUAAAUUUUAGCGAUCGGCGCUUCAUGUCAGAAAGGCGGAAACAGUAGAUCUAUGGAACUUUCGAUUGGCAUUAGCUAAAAUUUCACCGUUGCUGAAAUUAGCCAUCUACAGUAUACUUUCUUGUAACAGUAUCUUACUAAGUUAUUUUCACAUUCCAAUGAAAUCCCUUUAGUAUGCAUGAUAUCGAUUUCAUAGCUGACAAUUCGUCAAAAUAUACGGAAUUCUGCCAAGGUUGAAGUGCUGGCCUGGAAACUUCAUCACCAUCGAUAUGCUAGAAGAAAUGAGAGCAAACAAUUGAAGAGAGAGAGAGAAAGAGAGAGGGGGCGGGGGGAGGGGGGGG